GAUCACGAUUCCUCGUGGGAGCGCCGGUAGCGGGUAGCGGCACAAUUCUAUCGUGUUUUGUUUUGUUGCCCUUCAAGGUUAUGUUCAUUCAUCACAAAUUCUUCAAAAUUGACAGUCCUGUGAGUGGUUGCUCCCUAACGUGCUGAAUGUUUUAGUUUCCCUGUUUCCCUAUAAAGGAAAAUGUAUGAAUCCCCGUUUAAAAUCUAGUCAGAACAUGUAAGCACUUAGAACAUUCCUCCUCGUUACAUAAAACCCCGUUUCGACACCUCUUGAACUAGUUUGAAUAUCCUUCAGGACAACAUGCCAAAAUUUUUCUCUGACACCACAAUUUUUAAUUACAACUGGGACCAAGUCGCUCAAGGAUUCUGGAAAAGGUACCCCAACCCCAACAGCAAACAUGUUCUUACGGAAGAUACAGUACAGCGAGAAGUCAGAUCGGGAAGAUUGUUCACUAAAAGGCUUCUCAGCAAAACUAACAGCAUUCCGAAAUGGGCCGAGAGGUUUAUAACUGCCAAGCAUGUCAAUAUAAUCGAAGAGAGCAUCGUGGAUCCCAAAAAUAAGGUGCUCGUGACGUACACGCGAAACCUGGGAUAUGCUAAAGUUAUGAGUGUGACGGAGAAAGUUGUUUACAAAGAAAGCGAGGAACAUCCAGGUAAAACAGUAGCUUUAAGAUCGGCAUGGAUCGAUUCGCAAGUCCGAGGGUUCAGCAGGGCUAUCUGCGCCUUUGGUUAUGAGAGGUUUAAGAAGAACUGCACUAAAAUGGCUGGUGGAUUCAACCACGUCCUGUCAAACCUCUACCCCCACCACAACAUCCUGCACACGACGCAGACCACCAUCACGGCAGCAGCAAAGUUGAAAGACGCCGCGAAGAACGCCUCGGAGCUGGCGAAAUCCAGGGCCGUCCCCAUCUACGCGUCUCUGCAUCCGAAUCAGUCUUAAGAACGGCGGAAGGGGCGUCUCGAAAAGGUAUUAUACGAAUUAAUGUUUAGAGUAAAUAUUUGUGUCCAUCGAUGGAAAAUGUAACUUUUAAUAAAAAGUAAUGUAAAAUAAGGCUUAACAUAGUUCUUAAUUUGUUUAACGGGAAAAUAGCUGCAAUAUUUGUUGGUAUAGAAGUUGAAAUUACCAAGAUGUAGGUGUUGGUUUGCCGGAGAGAUGUUUACGUUUAGCGGGUAGGGUAAACGGUGAAUUUCUGAACUUGAUUCAAUUCCAUAUUAAAACAUUUAAUACUUUUUAUACACGUUUUCUUCAAUUUUUUAAGUACGGCUAGUCAGAUUUUAUAUAGGAUGGAAGUUUUAGUUUUAGCUGUGUAUUGUUGUAAUUUUCGCUAGGAUUAGCAAAAGUUGUUUGUAGCUUGUAAUAAAUUGUUUUAAAGAGACGAAA